UCCCUGACCGGAAAAAUUUGUGGAUUUAAUCCCUCUCUUUAAAAAAUGUUUGGAGCCAGUCCCUGCCGGAGCUUGGAGCUCCGGCGAGUGAUGAUGUAGCGUGCUGACUGUGUAAAUGAAGCUGACAUGGCACCCAAAAUUUUUUUUUAAUAAAAUUAAUUUACACAUAUGAUAAUUAAAACAAAUUCCCCCCAAAAUUAACCCAAAUUCCCCCAAAUUAACCCAGAACCUAAAUCAUCUUCUAAACCCAUUUCACCUUUCUUCCCCAAUUUCCUCUGUCCUCUCUUCUUCUUCACCACCCCAACAGCCACCACCACCAACAAAGUCCCUUGCUCUGGACGGAGCUGAUGUCGCCAGAGCCGAGGCGGCGGGAGAAUCGUUAACCGGAGAGGACGAUGCGGCAGUUGGGGGACUCCGACCAGAUCUUGUGGAUGGUGUCCCACCGGGAGUCAGAGGAGGGCGCGUGGGGCUUGGCGGAGGCGGGUGGAGCGAGGUGGCGGAGGAAGAGCCUGUUAGGGUGGUUGUUUCAGUCCUUUUUUUGGAACCUCUGUAAUAGGCUGGGAGGUGUAUAACAGAUCUGGUUGUGAGGGACCUUGAAGCAUUGUCAGAUACAGAUUUCUAAGGAGAGAAAUUUCUCCAAUGGUACAGAAGCCGAGACCCAUGGAUCUAGUUCUAUUCUCAAAUGUUUCUGCUUCAUUUCUAUCAAGAACUCGCAGUGCAACGGAUGCAGUAGUACAACAAACUCGUACGUAGCAAGAAGAGGCCUGAUUUUCUUGUUCAGCUUUUCAAUGGAUCCCCACUAAGAACAUAGAUUAUUGGACCUUUUGUGGGGGAGAAAAACUUCACUAGUGAGUUUGUCUCCUCCUAAAUUGUAGGCACCUUCAAUUACAAUACAAGUUUGUCCAAUCCAAUUUUGCAGAGAUGCUGUUCUGAUCAGUUUCAGUAGAUUAUUAUAACUUAAUUAUGAGUUUCUCCAAUAUUCAACGGGAGUUGGGUUUGGGGCCCCCUAUGGGGCUCCCCGCCCCACUUAAAGUGGGGAAAUUACUGGAACGCCCCCCUUUAAUAGAAUACGGAAGAAACAUUUCCGUAUUCAAUACGGAAGUCUUAUAUCCGUACUAUAUUAGUAUGUAAACCGGCAAGGGUUUAUUCAAACCCAUUUCAAACUUCAUUCCGUAUUUUGCCAAGCUCUUCUCCCCUCUUCAACCUUCGAUCUCUGUCGCUCCCCUUGCUUGAACCGUGUACUUGAAAGGUUCCAUCAUCUCCAUCAAAGCUCUUCACAACCCCAUUCUCAGAAUUGAAACCUAGAGUGAGAAUGAAGAACAGAAAGAGGUCUCAUGCUUCUAGUGAGGAUGUCGGGGCUACUGAGGAUAGACACCGGCGGUUACAUGCUUCUAGCCGGCGCGGCGAUCAUGCUGCAACCUCUCAGGCGGUGGAGGCUUCAGCUCCAGUUUUUCUCCGCCGUCUCCCAUGAUUGAGGUUCCUCUGGUUGAUUAUCCGCCGUCUCCCACGGUUGAGAUACCUACAGUUGAUUCUCCGCCCUCUCCCAUGGUUGAGUCAUCAGGCGAGGAGUCCUCAGGCGAGGAGUCUUCCGGCGAGGAGUCAUCAGGCGAAGCCUCAUCCGGCAUGGGAGGAUCUGACGAGGAUAGUAUUCCUCCGCCUACUGUUGAUGCUGAUGUCCUGCCGCCAGAGCAGGGGGCACAGGGUGGCGAGGAGGACCUGAUCCAGAGGUUGCCGCCGUUUCCGGGGGGGCCUGUUGAGCUAUCGCUCCUCACCCAUUAUGCUGAUCACAAGGCUCCCUGGGCGUGGCAUGCACUCCUACGCACAGACGAGCGGUAUGUGGACCGUCGACAGUUGAAGGUGGCCACAGCUGGGGGGAAGGUUUGGAACCUUGCUUGUGAUGGUGAUUCAGACAGUCACAGGCGGGUUCGAGAGUUGAUUGAGCAGACGGGUCUUCAUCAGCUACCCUAUUGCAGCUACCCGGUGACAGAUGCAGGCCUUAUUUUGGCCCUUGUGGAGCGAUGGCAUGAGGAGACUAGUAGCUUCCACAUGUCGUUCGGGGAGAUGACUAUCACCUUGGACGACGUGUCGGCUCUUCUCCAUCUCCCCAUGGGGUCGAGGUUCUAUACGCCUGGGAGGGGGGAGAGGGACGAGUGUGCAGCGCUCUGUGCUCAGUUGAUGGGAGGAUCUGUUGGUAUUUAUGAGGCUGAGUUUGAUACGAAUAGGUCCCAGACUAUUCGCUUUGGGGUCUUGCAGACCCGGUAUGAGGCUGCGUUGGCGGAGCACCGAUAUGAGGACGCUGCACGGAUUUGGCUGGUGAACCAGCUAGGCGCCACGCUCUUUGCUAGCAAGAGCGGAGGCUACCAUACGACCGUCUACUGGAUAGGGAUGUUGGAGGAUCUUGGUCGAGUGUGCGAGUACGCGUGGGGCGCGAUUGCGCUCGCUACGCUAUACGACCAGCUUAGUCGAGCGUCCAGGAGGGGGACGGCCCAGAUGGGAGGUUUUAGCUCGCUCCUGCUAGAAUGGGUCUACGAGUACCUUUCUGACCGCGUCAUUAUCCGUAGGGCGGAUCCGGAGUACUCGCAAGACCAGCCUAGGGCGCGGCGGUGGGCUAUGUCCCGGGUCGGGCAUGCAGGCCUUGAUGAGAGGCGAGUCAUGCUCGAUGAGCUGACGGUGGAUGACAUUAUAUGGACCCCAUUUGAGGACCAUCGGGCUCAUCGACCACGGGAUCCGAGGGCCAUGUAUUCUCGCUACAUCCGGUCGCCAUUUGGCCGUGUUGUUCGACGGCAUCUACCAGAGAGGGUUCUGCGCCAGUUUGGCUUCAUACAGGAUGUCCCUCGACACCCCUCUGAGAUCCAGACGUCUGGGUCCCUUGCUGAGACCGCAGAUGCUGCCUUUGCUGAGUUUGCGCCGCACCUUCGCCCUCAGGGGAUCCCCGCUACAUAUCCGGGAGAGGCUGUGGAGGAUUACAUGAGGUGGUACAGCGCUGUGUCCCAUCGGUUCAUCAUCCCUGAUGAUAGGAGGGAGGAGUUCAGUGCGGUGACUGUUAUGCGUCGGGCCGUGGACUUGUUGGAGCAGUCACUCGAGGUGUCAGAUGCUCCUGCAGAGGGCACGCAUUCCCGAUCCCUCACUGAGAGGGCGCUGGAUCUUAUUAGAUCCAAUGCCUUCAUUGGUACCCAGGGGGUAGCCUUUGCUGCUGUCCGAGGAGCUAGAGCUGCAGGAGGCAGAGGUCGUGGAGACAGAGCGCGUGGAGGCAGAGGCCGUGGAGAGGGUGCUCCUGCAGAGGGUGCACGUGGAGGCAGAGCCCGUGGACCUAGAGGUCGUAGAGGGGCCGGUAGGGGUCGGGGCGAGUGAUUGACUGUAUAUUUGUAUAUUUGUAUAUAAAUCUGAGAUAUGGUAGUCAAGUUUGAAGGAUUGUUUUCCUUCAAAGUCAACAACAUCUUUCUCGGUGGAACCCAACUCCUUGUCAUUUUUUCCACUUGCUCCUUCUCUCCGGGUUUUAGACGACCAACAAAAUUGUGCCCAAGUAGUGACCUAGCUGGUUCAUGGUUGUGUAUACCUUCCAUCACCUUUAGCCGCCAAUCUCUAUCUAUGUCAUUUUUCCUAGGUCGUCCUUUUAGUCUAAAAGGACAACCUGUCUUUUGUGAUCUCGUCCCUUCAACAAGGUCAGGGUCUCUAUAA